GCUUGCUCGUUGGGCCAAGUUUAGUUUUAGAACACCAAACAGCCCUGUAUUCAUUUAACUAGUUUUCUCUGUUGAGAGCUUGAGAUAACUCCUUUAUUUUAUGAUUGUUACCAAACAUCUGCCUAAUUAUCUUGGAGUCCCUCGUCUCAAGCCACGGAGCCAUCAUCAUGGGUAUCUUACGUUCGUUCAUCCUCGCCGUUUCUCUUUUGGCGUGUUUUCUCCUCUCUGAGGCUUCUGUUAUUUGCGAUGACGAUCUGGUGUGCGAGCACGGUGUCGUUGACGAGGAGAAUUGUGGAUGUCGUUGUAGCAGUGGAUGGUGGGGAGAUCGAUGCGACGAUAAGUGUAUAGAUGACCGAGGUGAAAACGCGUGCAAAGGAUAUGCACAUCUCUGCAACAACACGCAAUAUUCGAAUUUCGUUCGGAAAAACUGCGCCGCCACGUGCGAGUUCUGUGAAAAAUUUGGGCCCGGCUCCGAAGGUUUUAUUUGUGAUCUUCGAUGCUCCGAACCGGGAGGAACGGUUAACGCAGUAACAUGUACGUGUGAAUGUGCGAGUGGCUGGUUUGGUGAAUUCUGCGAGGAUAAGUGUGAGGAUACGUCUUCAAACUGUCAGAAGUGGGGCGUGGAACAAUGUGCUACGUCACAAUCAGUUAUUCGUCGUUGUCCCGCUAUGUGCGGGGUUUGUGAGGAAUUCGGUCCUGGAUCUCCAGGAUUCGUUUGUUUAAAGGACUGUGUCAAUGGUGGAACGUUAAUCGAUACAGAGCAUGAAUGUCGGUGCUUGUGCGCUAAGGGCUGGGAAGGAGAUCAAUGCGAAGUCAUGUGCAAGGACAGCGUCAAGAAAUGUCAAUAUGACGUCAACAAGCUAAACGGAGGCUCAUACUACCGAUAUGACCAGUGUUUCAGUGAACCCUAUGUUUAUGAUAAAUGUCACGAAAUGUGCGGAAGAUGUGAGAGUUUUGGGCCGGGGUCUCCUGGUUUUACAUGCACUCUGUCCUGUCUCAACAAUGGUACACUAAUCAACAAUGCAACUCAUUGCUACUGCCAGUGUACAGACAAUUACAUCGGAGUCAGAUGCGAAGCUGAAUGCAGAGAUCUAAAGAAGCGUUGUGGACGGACUCGGGCUUCUGACUGCCACAACCCGGACUAUAUCCCUUACAUGAAACAAAACUGCCCUGUCACAUGCGGACUUUGUCAUGAAUUGGACACAAGCUGGGGUGACUAUUUUCUUGCAAAUGUCGAGACACCACGGAGCGCUGACGAACUCCUUGAGGAGAGAGCCCUCAACGGCAAUUAUCGAUCUCAUCUUGGUGAGGGCAUCGAGGUGGUGUUUCUAAUAGAUAAUUCAGGUAGUGAAGGAGCCGAUUAUUUUGAAGUCAAGCGUGCAAUGCUACGUCAGUUCAUAGAUCGACUUGACUUUGCCACAGAGGGAGGCAUUCGCCUUCUCUUCACCACUUUCGCUUACACCAUCCGAGUGAAGAAUAAUCUCUAUGACAUCAUCGCGGGUUCAAAGGAGUCGGCUCUAGGUUCCCUCCAAGAGAUUUCAUUCGAGGGUGGAGAAACUCGCCUUCGUUUGGCACUGCGGACUGUCAUGAACAACAUCUUCGCGCAUUCCCGGACCAACGCACGUCAGGUUCUGUACAUCAUGACAGACGGCCUGUUUGCGGAAAACGACUUCCCGGAGUCCAGCGCCUCCAAGCUACAAAAAAGGGGCAUAGAGGUUUUCGCAUUGCCGACCAACGAGUACUAUGAUGACGAUACUCUGGCAGCUCUCACAAGCUAUGCUGUCAAUCACGUUGUCUUUGUCAAAGAUGCAGACGACAUCCCAUUGCCUUAUUAACGUCAUCCACCUCUUAAAGUUCGAGGGUUUACAUGGUAUCUACAAACAGAUCUUAUGAUUUAUCCUCUAAACUUUUCCAUUAGCCAUACUGUCCCACUAGAAAUUGAUUACAGUGGAUUGUCUUAUGAAGUCCUUGAUCUACACAUUCAAAUUUCACUAUGUUGUAAUCAGCAUUUUAAAAAAAGUAAGUAGUGUAAUUACAUGUAUUUUGUGGAAGUGUCAUUUGGUGGUAAGAGGAUGUACGUCAACCACCUGUAUAAUUAUUUUGUAGAUACAAUUUUAGGUUAUACAUACUUUUGAACUGGAUUGACAUCAAUGACAACAGUAAAGUGCAUCAUGCCACCAAAGGAAACCAAUGAUUUAUUAUUAUUAUCUAAAGCACUACAACAGUACAUUUAACUCCAUUUAUGUAAUAUGAAAUAAAAAGGUCAGUCAUUAAAGAGCAAUGAAGAGUUUGAAAUUUCAUUAGCAAUGUCAAAUAUGCUGAAUAAUUAAAGAUUGCAUUACGAUACGACGGCCCUGUUUUGAGUUCUAUGUCCAUUUCUUAUGUUACACAUCAGGACCCCAUCUGACAAAGAGUUGUGAUUGAUCCAAUCAACCACAACUAUGGAUGGCAAGCAACGUCAAAAUAUCAAAUGCAAAUU